CUAGUCAUAAAAAAAAAAUUCUCCUUCAGUCAUCUGGUCCUACACCUGUAUACCUAGCACAUGGGAGUGACACCCCCACUUCCACAACUGAAAUGGCAUUCUUUGGAGGAUACUUGGUUGGUAGGACUCAGAACAAUUUUAAUUUUAUCUUCUUUUUCUUCCGUAGCUUCUCAAACAAGGAAGAUGAAGACAAAACUGAACACCUGCAAUGUACGGUCUCUGCUGCUUGUUUUCCUGGUGUGGGACCCAGCCAGGUUGGUGCUGGCUAACAUCCAAGAAGAUGAGGCUAAAAAUAACAUUACCAUCUUUACAAGAAUACUAGACAGACUUCUGGAUGGUUACGAUAAUCGGCUUAGACCAGGACUGGGAGAUAGUAUUACUGAAGUCUUCACUAACAUCUACGUGACCAGUUUUGGCCCUGUCUCAGAUACAGAUAUGGAAUAUACAAUAGAUGUUUUCUUUCGACAAAAAUGGAAAGAUGAGCGUUUAAAAUUUAAAGGUCCUAUGAAUAUCCUUCGACUUAACAAUUUAAUGGCUAGCAAAAUCUGGACCCCAGAUACUUUCUUUCACAAUGGGAAAAAGUCAGUGGCUCAUAACAUGACAAUGCCAAACAAGUUGCUUCGAAUCCAGGAUGAUGGGACACUGCUCUACACCAUGAGGCUUACAGUUCAAGCUGAAUGCCCAAUGCACUUGGAGGAUUUUCCAAUGGAUGCUCACUCGUGCCCACUGAAAUUUGGAAGCUAUGCAUACACAACCUCAGAAGUCACUUAUAUUUGGACUUAUAAUGCUUCUGACUCUGUUCAGGUUGCUCCUGAUGGGUCUAGGUUAAAUCAGUAUGAUUUGCUGGGUCAGUCAAUUGGGAAGGAGACAAUUAAAUCCAGCACAGGUGAAUAUACUGUAAUGACAGCUCAUUUCCACUUGAAAAGAAAAAUUGGGUAUUUUGUGAUUCAGACCUAUCUGCCUUGCAUCAUGACUGUCAUUCUCUCCCAAGUGUCAUUCUGGCUUAACAGAGAAUCUGUGCCUGCAAGAACUGUGUUUGGAGUGACAACUGUUCUAACAAUGACAACACUGAGCAUCAGUGCUCGAAAUUCUCUCCCCAAAGUGGCUUAUGCCACUGCCAUGGACUGGUUUAUCGCUGUUUGUUACGCUUUUGUGUUUUCUGCCCUAAUUGAAUUUGCAACUGUUAAUUACUUCACCAAAAGAGGAUGGGCUUGGGAUGGGAAGAGUGUAGUAAAUGACAAGUCCCCUUCAAUAAAAUCUGAAGUCAUUACACUAACACACAACUCAGUGAAGGCAAUUCUUCAAGGAGCUAAACUAAUAUGGUCCAAGUAUCUAGCUUUCCCAUGGUCCAGUUUAAGCCAAGCAAAGCCUUUAGAGUACUUAGAGAAGCGGGUGGACUGUGUAACCUUCACACACUUUUCUAAAAAAGAGAAAGGUUCCGUCAUGAUACAGAACAAUGCCUAUGCGGUGGCUGUUGCCAACUACGCCCCAAAUCUUUCCAAAGAUCCUGUUCUCUCCACCAUCUCUAAAAGUGCAACGACACCAGAACCCAACAAGAAGCCAGAAAACAAGCCGGCUGAAGCCAAGAAAACCUUCAACAGUGUCAGCAAAAUUGACAGAAUGUCUAGAAUAGUUUUCCCAGUUCUGUUUGGUACAUUUAACUUAGUUUAUUGGGCUACCUACUUAAACAGGGAGCCUGUAUUAGGGGUCAGUCCAUGAGUCUAGACAUUGGUUACUUUUGGGCUAUAGAAACAUUACACACGAUUUAUUUUGCUAUGUACAGUCUGACUAAUAACUGCUAAUUUAUGUCCCAAUAUGUACAGUAUGUAUAUAGUGGUAGAGCUUAUCAGUAGACCUCCUAAGGGGACCUGCAUUUGCUAACUCAUGGAAAUACAGGCAGAAAACAUCCCUUGCCAAAAGAACUGUUGCCUUUUAAAAGCGAUUUACCUUGGGAUCUAGUUUAAAGGGGAUUUCAGGUUAUGCAAUUUAUUUUCUAAUGUUCUAAUUAUGAUAAAAGUUGAGAUCCAGUGUCACCCUUUGUGAAACCUUUGAAAUAGAUAUUACAUAAGAAAGAUAUACUGUUACCUAAUGAUGAUCAGAGAUUAACAUUGUCACCACAUAUGAGUUCUGCUGACUAUCUGAACAUCUGCACCUCUGAUCUGAUCCCUUCAGGAGUAUUCAGAACCCCUGCUAGUGUAAUGGAAUCUUGACACACAUAAGGAGAAAGCUAGAGAUGUGAAAGCAGCUUUUCACUACUAUGUAGAGUAUCUCUAGCCAUGUGCAUAUUACAAGCAUGACAAACUCACGUAACUAUGAAUCACAAUGACAGGAUGUUGAUUAUGCUGAAAUUUAAUAAUUAAUGGAAUGUCACGGCCGUUACAUUUUUAUCUUCAGAGUUUAUUUGAACAUAGUAACUGAAACCUAAAGCGCGCUACAAUCGUAGAUAACUACCUAACAUGAUAAAAAAGAAGAUAUGUGGACUUAGUCUUUUCAGGUAUGUGUUGUCAGCUGUUUUUUUCUGGUGCUGGAGAGUGGGAGAAAGCAGCCAUGUUGGCUGCGAUGGAGCAAAGUUCCUUCAUCUCAGAUUAGAAAGUUGUGCCAAAAACUCCAAGCGAUGAGAAUUCAUAGGUGUCCCAGGUCCAGAUGCGCACUUAUAUGAUUCUCUGCUUUCCUGUUUACUGCAAAUUCUGCCUUAAGGCUUCUUCUCACUGGGACUCAGAAGCCACUAAUCAUAAAGGAAAGGGCAGUUCAUUGGCACAUUUUUCUGUCUGGAAAGCAGCUCUUUCGGAUAAGAAUUAAUAUAAAUCUGCUUUUGUAAAUUGCAACUUUAAAUUUCAUUGACUCGAAUUUACAGCAGCUUUGUAUACCAGAAGAGGUUUUGGUAAGAGUUGAACAUUUUUAAAUCACAACUUUAAAACAUCAUCAACAGAUUACGGAUUAUGUCACAUCACACAUACACACACACACACACACACACAUACACACAUACACACACACACACACACACCACGUAGCUAAAUUAGAAAAUAAAAACAUGAUUUUCAAUUUUAUAUAACUACUGAUUCUUAAUGGGUAAAAUUUAUUUCUUCUUUUAGUAUUUAAAGAUAUUAUUUAUGCCCCUGGAAUAUGCUAAAGUUAAAUGUGUUUCUGUCAAAACCAAAUUACCUUUGACUGAUAUGUACAUUAGCAGUUAUUAGUUGACUUUGAAAAUUAAGCGCAACUUCAUGAUGAUGUUUUUGUAGAAACCUAAGUAGUCAAAUAGUGGCAUUUCUUGCAGUUUUGUACAGUAUUUGAGUAUAGUGCAAAACAGGUCUGUUCACAAAAUCAAUAAAAGGGGCAUCUUCUGGAAAUAA